UUUUGUGUGUUAGUUGGUCAGGACGUGAGGUUGGGUGGGCAUUCUAUGUUAUCUGUUUCUAUGUUGGUUUCGGUUUGCCUGGUAUGGCUCUUGAUUAGAGGCAGGUGGUUUGCGUUUGCCUCUAAUUAAGAGUCAUAUUUAGGUAGGGCAUUCUCACUGUUUGUUUGUGGGUGAUUGUCUCCUAUGUCUGUAUGUAUGUUCGUACCACAUGGGACUGUAGCGUUUGUUUGUUUUGUUUCGUUUCGAUGUCGUCCGUUUCCUGUACGUAAGUUUAUGUUUAGUUAUGUAAGUUUAUGUUCAGGUUUCGUUCAACGUCGUUUUCUUGUUUUUGUAGUUUGAAAGUGUUUUGUUUCGUUUCGUGUUGCCAUCAUCGUUGUUAAAUAAAGAUGGCUUAUUUCCCAAAGCCUGCGUUUUGGUCUGAGGAUCCUUCUCUCCUCACCUCAUCCGAGGAUGAGGAGAGCGUCACCCGUUACAGUCAGGGAGAUGACCUAGAAUGUUUUUAUUUGUAUUUAUUUAACCUUUAUUUAACUAGGCGGGUCAGUUAAGAACAAAUUCUUAUUUACAAUGACGUCCAACCAAAAGGCCUCUUGCGGGAACGGGGGCUGGGAUUAAAAAUAUAUAUAAUUAUAAAUAUAUAUAUAUAUAUAUGUGUGUGUGUAUAUAUAAAGACCCAGAUGGUCACUCUGACAGAGGCACCUAAAGACUCCCAGACCAUGAGAAGCAAGAGUGAACUCUAUGGCCUGAAUGCCAAGCGUCACGUUUGGAGGAAACCUGGCAUCAUCCCUACGGUGAAGUACAGAGAGAUCCUUGAUGAAAACCUGCUCCAGAGCUCUCAGGACCUGAGACUGGGGUGAAGGUUCACCUACCAACAGGACAAGGACCCUAAGCACACAGCCAAGACAAUGCAGGAGUGGCUUCGGGACAAGUCUCUGAAUGUCCUUGAGUGGCCCAACCAGAGCCCGGACUUGAACCCAAUCUAACAUCUCUGGAGAGACCUGCAAAUAUCUGUGCAUCGACGCUCCCCAUCCAACCUGACAGAGCCUGAGAGGAUCUGCAGAGAAGAAUGGGAGAAACUCCCCAAAUACAGGUGUGCCAAGCUUGUAGCAUCAUACCCAAGAAGACUCAAGGCUGUAAUCACUGCCAAAGGUGCUUCAAAAAAGUACUGAGUAAAGGGUCUGAAUACUUAUAUUCAUUUGAUAUUUCAGUUUUUAUUUUUAUAAAUGUACAAACAUUUCUAAAAACCCGUUUCUGCUUUGUCAUUAUGGGGUAUUGUGUGUAGAUUGAUGAAGGGGCAAAAAAACAUUUAAUCAUUUUUAAAAAUAAGGCUGUAACGUAACAAAAUGUGGAAAAAGUUGAGGGGUCUGAAUAAUUUCCAAAUGUACUUAAAAUAAAAAUAAAACUCCCACAAAAACACCAAUUCAACUUUUCCAUUAAUGUUAUUCGUAAAAUGCCUUUGUUACCACUAUGACACAGAAACCAUUUGUAUUAGAACACGGUAACAGCUUAUUUGUAUUAUAAUUAUACAAUUUUUUAACAAAAUAACCUAACCACAAAAACGCACGGUCAUUAAAAAGGGCGAUCAAAAUGAUUCCAGCUCAUUCUUACAUGGGCAGCGUUCUCAGUUGGAUUUCAUUUAGCGCUUACCCCUGGUCUUAAAAGUCCACACAAAUCUUCACCACAUUAAUUUGCUUGACACACACUUUUUCCCACAAACACGUUGCUUUCAGGUGACACAGGUAUCUGGGGUUAUUUUUCUUUGUGCAUCUGGCCACCUGGCACUGUCUCCUCCCCGGGAGCUGUGCGUAACGGAAUAGAGUAGAACACAUUAGGAAUGAUUUUGCCAUAGGAAAAACCCACACACGUUAUACAGUAGAACACAUUAGGAAUGAUUUUGCCAUAGGAAAAACCCACACACGUUAUACAGAAGAACACAUUAGGAAUGAUUUUGCCAUAGGAAAAACCCACACACGUUAUACAGAAGAAAACAUUAGGAAUGAUUUUGCCAUAGGAAAAACCCACACACGUUAUACAGAAGAACACAUUAGGAAUGAUUUUGCCAUAGGAAAAACCCACACACGUUAUACAGAAGAACACAAGGCAGAAGUGUAUCUUUAUAUGUAACAUACCUUUUGUUUUGUUGGUGUAAUAAAGCACCCGGGUUUUCUCUUCGUAGUGUCCCCGUCAAUGUCAACUGUCAGGAUGCAUGAUGCUCCUGACAGAAAUGGUUCUUUAUUACCUUCCGUCGGUACAGUGUGAGUGUUGUCAUUCCUCAGCACCGCGGCUGUUCAUUAUGUUGCACAGAGGGAGCUCCAGUCUCACUUUGUUCAUGGUGUCCGACAGAAAUGUCUUCCUUUGCAUGUAACUUGUUCGUCCUGUGACAGUGAAGUGAAGAAAUUGUCCACGGUGACAUUUGUCCCCUUGCCAACGUAAGGUUCCACAAGCUUCAUUCUCUGACACGCGGGCACCUGCUGCCCGGUGUCUAUCAAGGUGCCGUCCCUUCCUCUCUCCUGUCUGACCGUUUCAUUUGGUGGUGGCGUGGGCACCUGUUCAGUCCACACCGUUAUGUAUUUUUUGCUCUCAGGCCUCGGAGGUGAAGGUUCAGGGGCUUAGUCCUCGGAGGUGAAGGUUCAGGGUGAGGCUUAGUCCUCGGAGGUGAAGGUUCAGGGGCUUAGUCCUUGGAGGUGAAGGUUCAGGAUGAGGCUUAGUCCUCGGAGGUGAAGGUUCAGGAUGAGGCUUAGUCCUCGGAGGUGAAGGUUCAGGAUGAGGCUUAGUCCUCGGAGGUGAAGGUUCAGGAUGAGGCUUAGUCCUCGGAGGUGAAGGUUCAGGAUGAGGCUUAGUCCUCGGAGGUGAAGGUUCAGGAUGAGGCUUAGUCCUCGGAGGUGAAGGUUCAGGAUGAGGCUUAGUCCUCGGAGGUGAAGAUUCAGGAUGAGGCUUAGUCCUCGGAGGUGAAGAUUCAGGAUGAGGCUUAGUCCUCGAGGUGAAGGUUCAGGAUGAGGCUUAGUUCUCGGAGGUGAAGGUUCAGGAUGAGGCUUAGUCCUCGGAGGUGAAGGUUCAGGAUGAGGCUUAGUCCUCGGAGGUGAAGGUUCAGGAUGAGGCUUAGUCCUUGGAGGUGAAGGUUCAGGAUGAGGCUCAGAAUCAGAAGAAGACGUCAUGAUUCAUGUCUUCCAUCUGAGUGGUUUUCCUUCAUAUCUUGUAGCAGCGCUAACACAGCGUGUGCAUCCAUUCGUCUUGGUCCUCUUGUCAUUGUAAAUUACACUGUGUACUCCAAGUAGGUCAGAGUAGACUGAUACGACUGCUUGGAUUUGGUGGACUGAUAGAGGGUACAUACCAUUUUGAGAUUAUAAUUAGAAUAUUCCAAUACAAAAGAAUGUUCCUCCCUGUUCUUCAUUCACAAUGGGUGAUGACAUAAGUAUACAUUGUUCGCUUCCCCUCAUCAACUCACCCAUCCUCCCCUUUCUCCCCCAUAAUUCUUUACUCCGUUUAUGUAAUCUGUUGUUAUAUGUGUGAAAUUAGUUUUGGUUCAGUUUAGGUUCAGUUUCCAUGGCAAUUAUCAGGGUGAUUAUCAGUUGGGCCUUGCACCUUCCAUUGUCGAGAGAAUGAGCGGAGCAGGCCCGACUGUCGAGAGAAUGAGUGGAGCAGGCCCUACUGUCGAGAGAAUGAGCGGAGCAGGCCCGACUGUCGAGAGAAUGAGCGGAGCAGGCCCUACUGUCGAGAGAAUGAGUGGAGCAGGCCCUACUGUCGAGAGAAUGAGUGGAGCAGGCCCGACUGUCGGGAGAAUGAGUGGAGCAGGCCCGACUGUCGGGAGAAUGAGUGGAGCAGGCCCGACUGUCGGGAGAAUGAGUGGAGCAGGCCCGACUGUCGGGAGAAUGAGUGGAGCAGGCCCGACUGUCGGGAGAAUGAGUGGAGCAGGCCCGACUGUCGGGAGAAUGAGUGGAGCAGGCCCGACUGUCGGGAGAAUGAGUGGAGCAGGCCCGACUGUCGGGAGAAUGAGUGGAGCAGGCCCGACUGUCGGGAGAAUGAGUGGAGCAGGCCCGACUGUCGGGAGAAUGAGUGGAGCAGGCCCUACUGUCGGGAGAAUGAGUGGAGCAGGCCCUACUGUCGGGAGAAUGAGUGAAGCAGGCCCUACUGUCGGGAGAAUGAGUGGAGCAGGCCCUACUGUCGGGAGAAUGAGUGGAGCAGGCCCUACUGUCGGGAGAAUGAGUGGAGCAGGCCCUACUGUCGGGAGAAUGAGUGGAGCAGGCCCUACUGUCGGGAGAAUGAGUGGAGCAGGCCCUACUGUCGGGAGAAUGAGUGGAGCAGGCCCUACUGUCGGGAGAAUGAGUGGAGCAGGCCCUACUGUCGGGAGAAUGAGUGGAGCAGGCCCUACUGUCGGGAGAAUGAGUGGAGCAGGCCCUACUGUCGGGAGAAUGAGUGGAGCAGGCCCUACUGUAUGGAGAAUGAGUGGAGCAGGCCCUACUGUAGGGAGAAUGAGUGGAGCAGGCCCUACUGUAUGGAGAAUGAGUGGAGCAGGCCCUACUGUAGGGAGAAUGAGUGGAGCAGGCCAUACUGUAUGGAGGAGGGGCAAUGGGGGAAAACUAUUCAAAUAAUGACAUGCCCUCCUAAAAGUGGUUAUGACUCCAGUUCCAUUUGUGGUAUUCCGACUCUAACUGCAGUGUGUUAUAUAGACUUGUGUAGGAAAAGUCAAGGACGGAGGGGGGCAGUUCCAUUUGUGGUAUUCCGACUCUAACUGCAGUGUGUUAUAUAGACUUGUGUAGGAAAAGUC